CAUGUUUCUUUUCACCGGAAGGUGAAGAAGGCAAACCAUGCGUUCGGUGGGACAGCAGCGACGCAGAGGUAGUUCAAGAAACCGGAGCGGAUGGACGUGUUGUUCCGCCACAAUGGCAUGGCGGACGAGGCCUCUUCCCCUCCUCCUCUUACUCUUGUUCGCCCUCGCUCUCCUCUUUCUCCUGGAAUGCAACUGCCUCAGCCUCAUUUGCCGCCUCGCCUGGAACCGCUCCUUUCCUAACCUCGGCGCCCCGAUAGCAAAAGCGCCUCCUUUGCGCUUUCUCGGCGGAGAAUCCGGCCACCGUAACGGGAAAACUUACGUGAGCUCCCGCUUUUACUCCGACUCCGUCGACGGCCGUACUCCGCCCGCGUCCCCCGCUACCACUCGCAGAGCUCCCACCUCGAAGCAGAGGGGCAACCUUCUCCUCAAGAUCCUGCAAACCAAUGCUCGGUCGAGAACGUUCGCCAAGCGAACCGAUGAUUUCUUCCGUGGACACAGAUCGGGGCCUCCUUGUAAAGAUCGCUUCUUCAUGGCCUGGAUCUCCUCCUUGGAGGCGUUCGGCCCGCGGGAGUUGUUCUCCGUCGAGAGCCUAUUCAAGUCCCACCCACAUGCCUGCUUGCUUAUCGUCUCCAACACCAUGGACUCGACCCUUGGAUCUCUGCUUCUCAAACCGUUCGUCGAGCGGGGAUUUCGCGUGGCGGCGGUCUCCCCGGACUUCACCCACCUCCUGAAGAGAACGCCGGCUGCGCCCUGGUUCCAUCGGCUCCGACGAAGGGAAGUCAGCCCCGGAGAGGUCCCCCUCGGCCAAAACCUCUCAAACUUGCUCCGCCUCGCCGUCUUGUACAAGUACGGCGGUGUUUACGUCGACACCGAUGUCAUAAUCCUCAAAGGCUUCGGCGGUCUCAGGAACACCAUCGGAGCACAGGCCGUGGACGCAGGGACAGGCAACUGGACUCGGCUGAACAAUGCCGUGAUGGUAUUCGACAGGAGGCAUCCCCUGCUUUAUAAGUUCUUGCAGGAGUUCGCGAUGACCUUCGACGGAAACAAAUGGGGUCACAAUGGGCCUUACCUUGUCUCGAGGGUGGCGGCGAGGAUUAGGGGAAAGCCUGGUUACAGUUUCAGUGUGCUGCCACCGCCGGCGUUCUACCCGGUAGGCUGGAAUAAGAUAUCGACGCUGUUCUCGGGGCCACGAAACCAGAGUCAUUCGAGAUGGAUUUCUGAAAACUUGGGUUGGAUUCGAGGAGCGAGCUACUCUCUCCAUCUUUGGAACAAGCAGAGCAGCAGGAUCAAGGUUGAGGAAGGCAGUGUCAUCAGCAGAAUAAUGUUGGAUUCUUGCGUUAUCUGCAAUCUCUCAUCGUCUCUCGUCCAUAAAGAGUAGGAAGAGAUUCCUGCAUUGUCGUCUUACUUGUUUGAAAAGCUUUGAGAGAGUAGUAGAAAAACGAAGUAAUGGUGGACUUUGUUCUUUGCUUCUGAGUUACUGGACCAACUAAGCCCAUGCUUUUGUUGCAGAA